AUUUACCGUAUUGGUGUGAGUUAAUAUUUAAAAUGGCGAUUUGAGAAUCAUAUUCUUGAGUGUAAUAACAAAAUAUUUCUAAAAAAUAUUGAAAGAGUACUUUAAACGGUAAUUUUAUACAGUGUUGAAUAACCAACUGAGUUAAACAUGCGUUCAGUUGUAGAAAUUGGGGCCAGUGUGCCCGCUUUCCUCGGAAAACUAUGGAAAAUGGUCAAUGAUACAGAGACUAACCAUCUGAUUUCCUGGAGCCCAAGUGGAAAAACAUUUGUUAUAAAAAAUCAAGCUGACAUAGCAAGAGAGCUUUUGCCUCUUUACUAUAAACACAACAAUAUGGCAAGUUUUAUACGGCAGUUAAAUAUGUAUGGAUUUCACAAGAUCACUUCUGUUGAAAAUGGUGGCUUACGAUAUGAGAAGGAUGAAAUUGAAUUUUCACAUCCCUGUUUUAUGAAAGGUCAUGCAUAUCUCUUAGAGCACAUUAAAAGGAAGAUUGCCAACCCUAAAUCAAUAGUAACUAGUAAUGAAAAUGGUGAAAAAGUUCUUCUGAAGCCAGAGCUGAUGAACAAAGUUUUAACUGAUGUGAAACAAAUGAAGGGGAAACAGGAGAGUCUGGAUGCAAAGUUUAGUGCCAUGAAACAAGAAAAUGAAGCUUUGUGGAGGGAAGUGGCCAUUUUAAGACAGAAACACAUAAAACAACAACAAAUUGUGAACAAUCUCAUACAAUUCCUGAUGUCCCUAGUACAGCCAACCAGACCACCAAAUGCCAGUGGGAACAAUGUUGGUGUGAAGAGGCCUUAUCAGUUAAUGAUAAACAGUGCCGCUCAUAAUUCUGGUACAGAUGGCUCUUAUCCUGGGAGAUUAAAGAAUAUGAAACUGGACAAAGAUGCAAAUUUAGAAGAGUUAAGUGAAGAUAACCUGGAGGAUGGACCCACUAUUCAUGAAUUGGCACAUGAUGAUAUCCUACACAAUGAGAACAAUCAGGAGCCUAUAUCUGCCGCAGACUAUAUAACGGUGGACAUGCCAAACAUGACCAACCCCACCACAAGCCGCAGCCCUGCUGAUCCUGCCUCAUCCAUGUACCAUGUCACUAUGGAAGAUGGAGAGGACAAUGAAACAGGAGCAAGUAGACUUGUAUACCCCAUAAUCACAUCAGCAUCCCCAACACCAGUGACAUCCACGCUAGACCAAACUACAACAGAACAAGUGGCCAACAAUGUAAUGGGCUCACCAUUACCAGUUGUCAUCAAAAUUGAAGGCCACAACAUACCAUCAAACUCCAAAGCCCGCAAUAAUGUAGGCAACAGAAGCACAGUCACAUCCUCAAGCAAAAGUCUGCUCUCACCAGAGAACUACAACACAAUAAACCCAUCAGCUGAUUUGAAGUUACCAGCAGAAAUAUUUGCAAGUGAUGAUUCAGUGAGUGACGCUGGUGUUGUGGCUGCCGAAGAUAUCAACAUGCAAAAUGCACUACAAGAGCUGGUUGAUGAGUCCCUUAUAACUUCCUCAAAAGACAAAAUGCUGGGUGGUAUUAACAUUAAAUUGGAGAGAUUAGCUGAUGCACAAAGGUCCAAGAAGGAGAAGGCAAAGAAAGGCAACAAGGCAGCUGAGAACAACACAUUGAACCUGGCUGACAUCAAAACAGAACUUCAGGACGACUUUGACUGGAACAACAUGACUCUCGCAACUGUCAACAACAAUACAAAUGUUAACAGGUUCCAAUCAAGGAAUAGGAGAGAUAACAUCAGCAAAAAUCGGGAGGAAUAUACUUCUCUCUUUGGAACAAAUUCAAACAAGCAUGAUAUCGAUGACCAUCUGGAAUCUAUGCAAACUGACCUUGAAUCCUUAAGGGACCUGCUACGAAGCGAUUCUUACGCGUUUGACACCAACACAUUACUAGGGAGCGCUGAUGCAAGACUAUUACCUACGAUGUCUCUCGCUAUUCCUACCUGUCAGCCUACAACAAAUAAUUAUUUGUUUGGAUCCGAUGAUCCAUUCUACGGCCUUCCCUAUAACGCAAUGGACGACAGGGCGAAAUCUGCGGCUAGCAAUGCAAAGAAGCAGAAAGGUGAGAUUUCGAAUGUAAGCGGUGAUGACUCUCGCGUCCAGAACCUGUUUUCAGAGGACACUGUUGAAGGGAAUCAGCUAAUCUCGUAUACAGGGAAUAUUCCAGACUUUGAGGAUAUUAGCAUACCAGAUCUGGAGUGCGAUAACUCUCAGGAGCCGUGUGUGUCGCCCAGCAGCUCCACGCUUAACACGCCGCAGAUGCAGAUACGGUCGCCCUCUUUCACCUUGAAACCCUAAGGACAGCCUAGGACACGAACCGACGAGACCUCGUCUAACUUACAAAUUCUAGGUAUUUUUGCUUCGGUAAUACUUACGUGUGGUCUGAUUUUGAAAACUGAUUAGUGUAGUCUACGUAUAAAACACACAAGCAGAAGGAUCGGUAUAGAACAAGAGUUGCGUGGAAUAGAGAUUACUUUAGUAGCAUCAAAGUAUUUACUUUAUGCAGUGCAAAAGUUAUUAGCAGCAUAUACUCGCUCCGCCUCGCGCUCACGCGUAUUGCUUUAAGCAAUUUAUAAAUAUGUAAUUAGUGUCCAAUUUGCCAACAUAGUUAAUAUUUUAUUGUUAUUUGAGUUCGCCUAGUUCAGCACUCCUCUUGAUCUGCACUGAUCCUAAUAACCAUAGUAUAUAUUGUAUUAAAUACAGUUUUAUUCGUCAAUUUAAAUUAUUUUUUAGUUUCAAAGUUAUUGAACUGAUUUUAUUUAACUAUUUUUGUAACAUUUGAAUACGAAGAUAUAAAACAAAUGGGAUAUUACGUUGUCAUGUUCAUUACAAUUACUUUGAAAAAUCAAAUUAUACAUUGUGAUUGAUUAUAUUUUGCUUUGAUAAGAUAGGUAGCCAUUUUGAAAAAAAAAGUAACCAAAAAAUCUAGUUGUAAGUAUUUCGUCCAUCUAUAAGAUAUUGACACGAACUGGGAACGUCGCGGGCAAAGCUUUUUGUUACAAAUAAACUGUAGUUACCUAUUUUACGUCUGUAUUAAUUAUGUACAGUUAAAAAAUUCUCGUGUAACUAAUACCUUUCUGGCUUAGUGCUGCUGUUGCCGUUGUGAAAAAUUACGCCUCCAAGUGCCCGUCUUUUUUCCACAAUUGCAAUAGAAAAGCUUCAAAAGAGAGGUCUGCCUCUUUAUAUUGUUCUCACUGUUUAAUAGUAGUUAAUUAUGCCUUUCCCGCGGCAAAGGUUCCUUAAACUCAUUUGCGUAAUGCAUAACAUCAAUUACACUAUGACAAUUCCACAAAUGUUAGUUAGUAAUAGUCGAGCAUGUGAUGGUCGCUACAAUUGCUUUGGUGCCUUAUUAAAGAUUGAGAAACAAUGUCUAAAAUAAUAUGAACUUUUCAAUAGUGAAUAAAUAGGAACAUUUUUAAUGUAAAGAAAACUUGGCUCAAUGUUUUUAUAAAAAAUAGUUUAAAAAUGUUGAAAUAUUCUUACGUUACGUGCACAAUAUUAUCAAAAUAUUUUUGAUUUGAAACACUAGUGUUAUGAAGACGCGCGGCAUUAAUACGCAAAGACCAGUGGCACCAUUGCAAAUAUUUAGCUAUUGUUUCAUAAAAGCUGCCACUAAAAAGUCACAAGAUCAGGACUACUAUUAAAAGCCGAAACUGUGGCAGCGCAUUUAUCCUACAGUUAUAAGAGGGUUUACCAUUUUUAAUAGCGGGUGGUAACGCGAGUAGCUCAAUUAAGACUUAAUUGUACUUAUGAGCAAUACAUUUAGCAGACAUAUCCUUUUGCCUGUCGAUGUGUUUGACAAAUAUCCCUCGGCCUUUUUGUUUGCUUUAGAGACACUUGUGAGGUUUACUUUGGUACAAAUAAACCAUUUUUGUUUAUUAUUUAAAGCAGUGUAACUGCAAUUGUUGAUCCAAUGAACAGGGAUAUUUAAUAUAUAUAUACAAAAUUAGAAAAAAAGGUUUUAAUAAUUCGCUCAUGUGUAUAAAUGCUAUUAUAUGUUUUCCUCUUUGUUGACAGAUUAUAUACUUUGUAUAUAUUAGUUCCAAGUAUAUAAAUCAUUUAUAAAUAUAUAAUGUUAUGUAAGUCUUAAUUUUAGGGUGUUAAUUAACCAAUUAUCUCAAUUUGAGGUAGAAUACACAGUACCAAAACGCUGGAAAUUUUUUAAGUAUUAUUAACGUGCAUUUUCUGAUAUGCAUGCACAGCAGCAACAUUUUGUGUUACAUUCAUCCAUAUUAAAUAAUCAGAUGUUUGAAAUUGUACAUCUUGUAUAGUCUGUAUUCUAACAUUUUAUUUUUACAACAAACCCUUUUAUUUUUAGACCACUGUAACAAACUGAAAACUCAUUGUUAAGUAGGUAAUACUGUAAUUUAGUACUUUCCUUAUAGUCUGCAGAACUACAUAUAUCAACAAAUUUAUUAUUUAGCCGGUAUAUAUACAACCACAAUAGUUUUAGUUACAAUUAAUUUUAUUUUCUACAGCCAUUGUAUUAUAACAUUAAAUAUGUUUAUGAACAAAGUUUGGUAAGAUUAAGGUAAAUCAAGUAUGUAAGAAUACAUUAUCUAUGUUUAAUAUAAGUUAUUUUUAAAUUCAAUGUAAUAAAAUAUUGAAACCUA